GCCGCCAGGGGGCGCGGCGCUCUCUCGGAUGGGGGAGCCGGGGCGGGGUGGUGGCGAGGGGACGCGUCGCGGGCGCGUCGCUCAUUGGCUGGCGCGGGCCAGGCUGAUCGCGGGGCGCCGGUUCUUAACGCUCGGUGCGGGGCGGCGGGAGCGCUUUGCCGGUUGGGCUGCUGCGAGCCGGGUGCUGCUGCCACCGCCGCCGCCGCUGCUGCGCGACAUGAGCGAGAGACAAGGAACCGGAGCUACAAAUGGAAAAGAGAAGACAUCUGCUGAGAAUGAUGGGCAGAAGAAGGUUCAAGAGGAAUUUGACAUAGACAUGGACGCGCCAGAGACAGAGCGUGCGGCUGUGGCGAUACAGUCCCAGUUCAGAAAGUUCCAGAAGAAAAAAGCUGGGUCCCAGUCUUAGUAGCUACCUCACAGCUUAAAACAAAGUAAUCUGAAAUGAUUUAUCAAGAAAAUCAGAAAUACCACAAAGAUGCAUGUACAGAAAUUAUCAAUAUUUAAGCCCCCAUUGGCAGAUAACAAACCGUAAACUUGUGUGUGACUUCAUCCCAGAUGUUUCACGCCCAUUAUCCUCUGUAACUCACCACUUUACUUGAUGUUGUAAUAAAAAGUUAGGGUGAAGUAAUUAAA